GCAACAGAAGGAACCGGGUUGAGAAAAUGGACCUCCUGGUCUGCAUGUUCCCAAACGUGCGGCGAAGGCGUGCGGACUCGGGCCCGGCCGUGUCACGGCUCGGAGUGCAGUGCGCCCCAACUCCGCCAGGGGGUCCUGCAGAGCGCGCCCUGCCGCCAGAGGGCGUGCCCUGGACCGUGGGAGUCGGAGGCCAAAGGUACUACCACAACGGAAAGCAGGAAUCAUAACUUCAACAGUCUCGGUAGAAACAACAGAGCAGCAAGUUAUGCAAAAUCAACACCGACAUGGCGCGAGAAUUCAAACUAUUAUCACAGAAGGAAGACUUUGAAGAGAGGAGCUGGACUAGAAGGCACGCAUCAGGGGCUGACGUCAUCAGUGACGCAAGAAUCACGUGACCACCAGAACCUGGAAGCACUCCUGACGAAGAUGAAAACGUACGUGGACCACUACAAGGAGAAGGAACUGGGCGCAGACUCCGAGGAUCAGGAGUGGAGCACGUGGGGCUCGUGGGGCGCAUGCUCCAAGACCUGCGGCUCCGGAACGGCUGUCCGGAUCCGGACGUGUUCCGGAGGGAAGUGCCACGGAACGUCCGAACUGUCGCAGCAAAAGUGCCACCUGGCGGAUUGCGUUGUGACCACUCCACCACCCCAACCUGUCACUACUGAGGUGCCGUGUAAAGGAACCUUCUGUGAGCAGAAAAGGAUGUUCAAAUACCUGAAGAAGGAGGUGAAAGAACUCCUAGAGGAAGAUAAGAAGCUGCUCAAGAACACUAGGCUAGCGAAGUACGAGCUUCCCAUCAUCCUGGGUGGUACGGUGCUCCUGCUCCUGGGCAUCAUCUUACUCUGCAUCAUCAGGUGUGUGGACAGGAAGAUGGAGGAAAACAGGAGGGUCAAGCGAGAGGCCAAACGGAAACAACAGGCUGGCCUGCCUUUCACUUCAAAGUCAUUUGUAGCCACUAUGAAGUAGGGGGAAGGCUGGAAACUCUUCAUUGCAAAAUUGGAUGAAAACUUUCAAAAGUUUGCUAAACAGAACCAAGAAAUUUGCUAAUGGCAUUAAAAUGAAGGUUCUUUACAUCUACUCUGAAGUAAAGAAAUCGUAAAAUUACUAAACCGAAACAAGUUGGGUUGCCAUCAACUUCAAGGUCCUUAAUAUCUACUCUGAAGUAGGGGAGGGCCAAGCCUUUCUCGCAAAGCUGAACCCAAAAAUUACAAUUUUGUUUUCCAAAUGGAA